AUGUCGAUCUCCUUCGGUGAUCUGUCGACCCCUGCUGGUCUGAAGGAGCUCGACGAGUACCUCCUCACCCGCAGCUACAUCUCUGGCUUCCAGGCAUCUCGCGAUGACCUCACGGUCUACAGCGCGCUUAAGUCGUUCCCCAAGGGCUACACCAACGCGGCCCGGUGGUUCACGCACAUCAAGGCGCUGCUCGGUGCAAACUUCGCCGGUACUGGCGUGGGUGUGGUGAUCGGCGGUGCUGCCCCUGCGGUCGCUGCUCCCACCGCAGCUGUCGCCACUCCUCCCGCUGCCGAGGCCAAGCCCGCUGAGGACGAGGAGGACGACGACGAUCUGGAUCUGUUCGGCGAGGCCACGGAGGAGGAGAAGGCCGCCGCGGCCGAGCGCGAGGCGAAGGCGGCCGCGUCGGGCAAGAAGAAGGAGAGCGGCAAGUCGUCGGUGCUGCUGGACGUGAAGCCGUGGGACGACGAGACGGACAUGGCCAAGAUGGAGGCGGCCGUGCGCAAGGUGCAGAUGGACGGCCUGCUCUGGGGCGCCUCCAAGCUGGUCCCCGUCGGGAGGGCGAGGCGGCGGAGUUCAUUCAGAGCUGCGACAUUGUGGCCUUCAACAAGAUCUAAGGAGCAGGUUGGGUAUUGUGUCGUGACUGGACGACGUCAUGCACUGAUUGCCACGAAGAUUGUGCAACCACGUGCUGUGCGUUUUUUUGUCCGUGCGUCCUCGUGGGGCGAACAACAGAAAUCGUCACCGACGGCGACUCAGAUGCGACGACAUCGUGCUGUCUAUUCUUCCUCUUCCAAUUAG